AUGGUCGUAAACUCGGAUUCACAGUCCGACUCCAAGAAUCUUUACGCCACCAACGGCAAUAGGCUCGACGCUAACGAACCCGUCAACGGGUACGAAGAGCCAACGCCAGAGACUGAUGAGCAUGGAUAUCGUAUACGUGAACAGCCAAUGGGCACCAAGCGCAAAGUCAAGGUCAUCCUAAUGGGCGCCGGUGCCUCCUCCUUGAACUUUUUCAAACACGCCGAAGAGCAGCUGCAGAGUGUCGAGAUAGUUUGCUACGAGAAGAACAACGACAUCGGUGGGACGUGGCUCGAGAACAGAUACCCUGGCUGUGCCUGCGACAUACCUUCUGUGAACUACCAAUUCUCCUGGAAGAUCAAGUUGUGGUCGCAUUAUUACUCCUAUUCGCCCGAGAUAUGGCAAUACCUUAAAGAUAUCGAGGUUGAGAACGAUUUUAUCGCCAAGUACAUCAAGCUUCGUCAUCAGAUCGAGCACGUCCAGUGGGACGACUCUGCCGGUCUAUGGAGGUUCAAGAUUCGGAAUCUGGCGAGCGACGAAGUAAUCGAGGAUGCGGCGGAGUUUUUCAUCAACGCCGGAGGCGUGCUAAACAACUGGAAAUGGCCGAACAUCCCCGGGUUGAUGGAUUUCCAAGGGAAGCUGAUGCAUUCAGCCAGGUACGAGGAGGGGUAUAAUCUUGAUGGCAAACAAGUUGCCGUCAUUGGAGCUGGCAGCAGCGGUGUGCAGAUUGUGUCAGCCAUUCAGAAGAAGGUGGACAAGCUCUAUCACUGGAUCCGAAGUCCAAUCUGGAUAACGGCAGGCUUCGCGCAAGGCUGGGCCGGUCGAGAUGGCGCAAAUUUCGCAUGCAAUUAUUUGGAGUAUCGCAAGCAGGUGGAGAACGAGCUAAACCAACGCUUCAAAUUCAUCAUCAAAGGCAGCCCCGAGUCCCGCACAGCCCGCGCCUUCUCUAUCGACCAAAUGUCUCGCAAACUGAAGCACGACCCUCGCCUGGUCGACAAAAUCAUCCCCAAAAACUUCAACCCUGGCUGCCGACGUCCUACGCCCGCUCCGGGCUACCUCGAAGCCCUAACCGCCCCCAACACAACCGUCUUUACCGACCCCAUCGGCCGCAUUACCCCCACCGGCUUCACCGACCAUGAAGGCCAUGAACACGCCGUCGACGUCAUCAUCUGCGCAACCGGCUUCGACACCUCCUGGCUCCCGCGCUUCCCCUUCAUCGGGCGCUCGGGCCGCGAUCUCCGCGAGAUCUGGGCCGGCGAGAAUAACGUGACGUCCUACCUGUCGAUCAUGAUCCCAGACUUCCCGAACCACUUCUCCUUCUGCGGCCCGUAUGGCCCCUUGGGGCAUGGCAGCUUCCUGCCGCUGAUUGAGCGCUGGACGCAGUACAUGUUCGCCUGCAUCACGAAGGCGCAGGUCGAGAACAUCAAAUCCAUGGCACCGCGGCUGGAGCUCGCGCGGCAGUUUCGGCAGCACGCGGAUUUGUUUCUGAGGCGCACGGCGUGGACGAGUCCGUGUCGGAGCUGGUUCAAGCAGGGGAAGCAGGAUGGGCAGGCGGCGGUUUGGCCGGGGUCGAGAUUGCACUUCUUUGAGAUUAUGAAGGCGCCUAGGUAUGAGGAUUUUGAAAUGGACUAUUGGGACGAGAAUAGGUUUGCGUUUCUGGGGAAUGGGUUUGAGGUUAGGGAGGAGGAUGGGAGGGAUAUCACGAAUUAUUUGGGGUGUUUGGAUGAGGAGGGUAGGGAUUUGCAGCCGGUGUGGGAUGAGGGCUUGAUUGAGAAGUUGGCGGGGUGGAGCAUUGGGGAGGAGUAUGAGGUUAGAGGUGGUUGA